AUGGAGACCUCUUCAAUAGGAAAAGCCAUAGACAACCGAGACAGACUAAGUGAACUCCCUCAAAACAUCAUCGACAUAAUCCUCUCCAAACUCACAACCAAAACUGCCAUCAAGAACACCUCCAUUUUAUCGAAGCCCUGGCGCGACGCAUGGAUUACUUGCCCGAAACUAGUCCUCAAAAGACAAGAGUUCUGUUGCCAUCACAGCUUCGUCAAAUUCGUCGAAAGAGUUCUCGCAAUCCGUGCUACAUCUUCUAUAACAGCGUUCGAAUUGUAUUGGACCAAUGUUCCGGAUGUCAGUUGCAUCUCUACAUGGUUGCACUAUGCAAUGCGGCACAAUGUGCAGGAAAUCGUGCUGCACGUGCAUUCACGGGAUAUGUUAGAGUUGCCUACUAGUUUCUUUCGUUGCCCUACGCUAAAGCAUUUAGAUAUUGACGGAUCAAUGAGAUUAGAAUACCCACGUGCUAUUUUAAAUUGUUUUCUGAAGUUACCCAACUCGCUGAAUCUGAUAAAUCUCAGAUAUUUACAUCUAAAUUUUGUCAAGUGCACUCAAGAGUUGCUUGAGAAAUUGAUAUCCAGUUGCGCCUUGCUAGAAUCACUUAGGCUGGGCGUAGUGUUUGAAAAUAUUGAAAUAUCUGCACUAAAUCUUAAAACCUUGUAUUUAGAUUAUAUCUAUGGAACAGUUCAGAUAUCAACACCGAAACUUGAAUCUCUUUCAUGCAAUUUAUUUAUGUUUGGCAAAAUUCUAACCGAGGAUUUGAAGUUUCUUGAGGAGGCUGAUGUUUGGUGUGGUGGAACAUUACAAUGGAGCGUAGAUGAAUUGACUAAAUUUUGGAGUCAGCUUAGUAAUGCAAAGGUGUUGAAUUUGACAGGAGGUGCUGUAGAGUCACUUUCUGGGAUAGACUUGUCCUACCAAACGUCUCCAGUAUUCAGUAAUCUGAAGCAAUUGACGAUAAGAGCGCCUUUAACCACGGAGAACAUCAAUGUGAUAAUUACGCUACUUCGAAGAUCUCCCAAUUUGGAGAAACUAGUCCUACACAAUAAUCAGACCACAAACAGGCUAGUGGAUUUCUGGGGAGAUCAUAAAGCCCCUUGGCAAUUGAAAGAUGGUCGUGGUGUUUCCUAUUAUAAAGCCCCUAGGCAGUUGGAAGAUGGUUGUGGCUUUCCCAAUCUGAAAGAUAUCAGUAUUAGUUCAUUUUUAGGGGAAAGAACCGAAUACCAACUUGUGAAGUUCUUUCUUGAGGAAGCAAAUACAUUGCAGAUGAUGACUAUCUAUCGUAAGGUCUCAAAUUACGCAGCUACAGCAAAAGCAAUCUGUGAGAAGUUGCUUGCAAUGCACAUAGCCUCUCCACAUGCAAAAGUCCUGAUCACGGAUGAUUUUCCUAGAGGAAACUGGUUAUAAUCGUAUGAAGCUCAAACUAGACAACAUAUUUCUUCAUACACUAUUGAAGAUUCUUAGUUGGAAGCAUAUAUGUGCAUUGCUUGAACCUAUUUUUUAAUUUUUUGAGCAAGAUCUUGAAUUCAGUAUCAAGCAUUGAUGUUCAUGGUCCUUGAUGCGCCAAAAGUAAAUACCUGAUUUUAUUUGUUGAGGAUGGAGUCUGAAACUUUAUGUUGCCUUCGAUGUAGCCCAAG